AUGGGUGUGUCGAUCGAGACGGUGAAUGACGAGCAGCCGCCGUUGUCGCGCGAGCAGGGGUCGUCGCGCGAGCACCAGGUGAUGGUGCCGCACGCGUCCAUCAAGGACGAGUUGAAGGAGACGUUCGCGCCGGUGAAGCAGCUCAUGGUCAUCGACAACGACCCCUUCAAGGGGUACCGCGGCAAGACGGCGGCGCAGCGCGCGAAGAUGGCGCUGUUCUACGUUUUCCCCAUCCUCGAGUGGGUCUCUAAUUACAAGAUCGCCGACCUCUUCGGCGACGUCGUCGCGGGGCUCACCAUCGCCAGUCUCGCCGUCCCCCAGGAUCUCGGGUACGCGAAGCUCGCCAAGCUGCCGCCCAUCAACGGUCUUUACAGCAGCUUCGUGCCGCCGCUGAUCUACGCAGUGCUGGGCACGUCGCGGCACAUCGCGAUAGGGCCGGUGGCGGUGGUGUCGCUCCUACUGGGCGACAUGCUCUCCAAGUACUACGACGCGGACGCGCAGCCCGCGCAGUACCUCAACCUCGCCAUCACCGCGACGUUCUUCGCGGGGAUCUACCAGCUCGCGAUGGGCAUCUUCCGCCUGGGCUUCGUCAUCGACUUCAUGAGCCACGCCGUCAUCGUGGGGUUCAUGGCGGGCGCCGCCAUCACGAUCGCGCUGCAGCAGCUGCGCGGGCUGCUGGGGUACACGUCGUUCACGCAGGAGACGGACAUCGUGGCGGUGCUCGAAUACGUCUUCAAGAACACCAACCAGUUCAACUGGCGCGCGUUCCUCAUCGGCAUCACCAUGCUCGCCUUCCUCCUCGUGCUGCGCGUGCUCGCGCAGCACCUCAAGGGCCGGAAGGUGGUGGGAAAGGUGUUUUUCUACCUCAACUGCGUGGGGCCCAUGACGACCGUCAUCGUGUCGACGCUCGCCGUGUGGCUGACGAACGCGCCCGUGCCCAAGGUGGGCAAGAUGCAGAAGGGGCUGGCGGGGCUGGGGUCGCUGGGCAACCUGCAGCUGACGGGGCAGGACGCGGCGGACGGCGCCGUCGUGGGGCUCGUGUCGGGACUCGUCGCGCUCACGGAAGCGUCGGCGAUCGCGCGGACGUUCGCCGCGUUACAGGGUUACCACGUGGACGGGAACAAGGAGAUGAUCGCGCUGGGCGCGAUGAACGUGGCGGGGUCGUUCACGUCGAGCUACGUCACCACGGGGUCGUUUUCGCGAUCCGCCGUCAACUACAACGCGGGCGGCGCCACCAUGCUCACCAACAUCGUGAUGUCGCUCGUGGUGUUGGUCACGCUGCUGUGGGUGACGCCCGCGUUCCAGUACCUGCCGAACGCGACUCUCGCGGCGAUCAUCAUCAACGCGGUGCUGGGGCUGCUGGACUACGAGGCCAUCUGGAAGAUCUGGAAGGCCGACAAGGUCGACUUCAUCGUGGCGCUCGGCACGUUCCUGGGCAUUCUGUUUGACUCGGUGGAGACGGGGCUGCUGGUGGGCGUGUGCCUGUCGAUGCUCAAGAUCCUCGUGCAGAUCACGCGCCCGCACCUCGCCACGCUGGGGCUGGUGCCGGGCACGGGCGUGUAUCGCAACAUUCAGCAGUACCUGCAGGCGGAGGUGACGGAGGGCGUGUAUGUGCUGCGCGUGGAUGGGCCGCUCUACUUCCCCAACGCCAACUACGUGCGCGAGAAGGUACUCUCGCUCGCCGACGCGUACAGAGACGACCAUAACGGCGACAGUAUCACGCAUUUCGUGUUGGACUUCACGCCCGUGGCCGACAUAGACACGACGGGCACGCACGCGCUGCAGGAGCUGCAUGGGCUGCUGUCCAAGCAGGGCGUGCAGCUGGGCAUCAGCAACCCCUCGCGCAUGGUGCUGCGCAAACUUGUUGCGUCCGGGUUUCUAGAGGUGCUGGGGGAGGAGUGGCUGUUCCUCUCGGCGCAUGAAGCCGUCAAGUCGUGCAGAACAUUUAGACUAUCUAUUAAGGACGUUUGA